CCAAAUAGGGUAACGUGCAUGUUUGUCUCAUUGUACUAUAACAACUUCUAUCUAUCUCUAUUGUUGCUCAUUCCUGAAACGAAAAAUGGCAUUCAUCAGCAUCCCCUCUAAUUAUUUGUGGCCUUUCGCACUAGUGUUGAUGAUAGUAGUUGCUAUGGGCAGUUUAUCAGAUUGCUAUGAUCCCUUGGAUCCAAAUGGAAAUAUAACAGUUAUUUUCGACACUUACCAAUGGGAAAAUGAUGGCUAUUUGGCAAAAGUAACUAUCCAUAAUUACUUCCAAUAUCGUCAUGUAGACAAACCUGGUUGGAAGCUGGGAUGGAUAUGGGCACAGAAUGAGGUGAUUUGGUCAAUGAAGGGUGCCUUUGCCACCAAACAGGGAAACUGCUCAUCCUUUAAGUCAGAUAUACCACACUCCUGUGUGAAACAGCCCGAAAUAGUUGAUCUCAUGCCAGAUUCUUCCCUAGAAAACAUGUCAGUGGACUGCUGCCGUGGUGGCCUUCUUGAUGCCUGGGCUAUCAACCCCUCCAAGUCAUUCUCUUCCUUUCAAAUUAAAGUCGGAAAUUUGCAUCAAAAUUCUUUUGGAACUGCACCUCUCAACCUUACUUUGAUGGCACCAGGUCUUGGAUACACUUGCGGACCACUUUUGGAUGUCGAUCCUACAGUUUCUUUGGAUAUUGGGGGUAGAAGACAAGUUCAAGUUUUCAGAACAUGGAAAACAACAUGCACUUAUUCAAGUUUUAUAGCUGCCGAAACACCGGUCUGUUGUGUUUCACUCUCUACAUUCUACAAUCCUACCAUCACAUCAUGCCCCUUGUGUAGCUGUGGAUGCAGAUUAGCAGAUAAAACUACAGAGACGUGCAUGAGAACCAGUUUCCCGUCGAUAACAAAUGAUAUUCAAAGUGAUCCUGAUGUGGUGAAAUGCACUGAUCAUAUGUGCCCUGUUCGAGUUCAUUGGCAUAUUAUGAGCAACUAUGUGGAUCAUUGGAGAGUAAAACUUACAAUUACUAACUAUAACUAUAAUAAAAUCUUCUCGGACUGGAACGUACUGGUUCAGCAUCCAGGUUUCAGCCAGAAGACAACGAUAUAUAGUUUCAACAGUACAAUGCUACCUGCUGGGUUUAGAGAUGGAGUUGCCCUCUUUUGGGGUAUACCGUACUUUAACACCGAGCUGAUUUCCACUAAGAAGGACCAAGUGGGUUCAGUCUCCACAGAAAUGCUUUUGAAGAAGGACAUGGACUCCUUCACAUUCUCAAAUGGAUGGGCUUUCCCUAGGAGACUAUAUUUCAAUGGAGAGAGCUGCCAGAUGCCCCUACCAGACAGUUUCCCAACUUUACCAAAUGGUGCUGUGUCCAAUUUUGCAAAACCCUCACAUUGUUUGUUCCUGCUUUUGACAUUUUUGACUUGUCAGGCACUACUAGUUCCAUGGCUUUGAUGAUGAACUACGUACCCACAUGGCCCCUGGUUUGAGUGAGUGAUUCCCAAUUUUUUUUCGUGGGUUUCUUGAUGACCAAAUUCUAGAGUUUCCCAAGUACAUAUGUUUGCACAGGAUAUUUGUGAAAUUGAAAUUGAUCAGCCCAAGUGUUGGACUGAUGUUAUACUUUGCCUAAAUUGUUUGGGUUGAAUAGAGUGUUGAUAUUUGCAGUACUGAAUUACUGAUCAUACUGAUUUCUCAUAAAUCUCUUGUAAUAAACUUUUUUAUACUAUUCGUUUAUUGGCUAUGAGUAUUAUCUCUUGUAAGUUCAGUGUUAAAUCUUCAAUGUACAAGGCAGCAAAGAAUUCAUUUUCUUUUCCAUCAAAUAC